CAGCGGCAGCGGCAGCGGCAACGGCAGGGAUCCCAGCGCCAUCGCAUUUGGAUCGGGAUUUGGCAGCGGCGCCCCUGUGGCGGCGAGCUCCAAUCCAGGCGGAGGAGGCGCAGGGGCAGGGAUUCCAAGCGUACUAUCGGUGCCGGAUGAGGGGCUGGGGCUCAUGGAUCAGCUCCUCCAUCUCGCACAGGCCAUCGACGUUGGGAGCAAUCACGUUGCUCAGUCGAUAUUGGCGCGGCUCAAUCAGCAUUUGUUCUGUCACCAGGGCAAACGCAUCCAGCGUUUGGCCUUCUACUUCAAGGAGGCCCUCGCAGCGCGGAUGAUCGAUCAUCAUCCCGCCACCACCACCACCACCACCACCACCUCCGCCACCACCACUCCGGCGGAGAUUUUCGCCAAGGUCAGGGCCUACACCAGCUUCUGCGAGAUCUCGCCGCUCCUCCGCUUCGCCUAUCUCUCCGCCAACCAGGCGAUUCUCGAGGCGAUCCAGGGCGAGGCCAGCGUCCACAUUGUGGAUUUCGACCCCGGGUUUGGCAGCCAGUGGGCGGCGCUGCUGGAGGAUGUCGCAAGAACGCCGGCGGCGCUGCCACAGCCCCGGUUACGGCUGACGCUAGUGGGGCCGGACCCGGCGCGGCUGGGGUUCGUGGUGGAGAGCCUCCGGGAGUUCGCGGGGGAGCUCCACUUGCGGCACACACCCCAGUUUGGGCUGGUCCAGUGCGCCGCAGCCGGGGAGAUGACGCCGCCGCUGCUGGGGCUGACUGACGGCGAGCCGGUGGUGGUCAACUUUAUGUUCAGCCUCCACCGGUCGCUGGCGGCGCGGGGCGGUACGGACGCGGCCGUCAGCGCCGUCAUGACGGCAUCGCCCCGGCUGGUCACCAUCGCGGAGGAGGAGGUGGACGACAAUGACGGCAAAUUCCAGCGGAGAUUCGUGGAGACGCUGCAGUACUACGCGUUUGUGCUGGACUCGCUGGGGCCCGAGGACGGCGCGGGGGUGCUCACCGUGGAGAAGGAUAUUCUGUCGCCCGGGAUCGCUAACGCCGUCAGCCUGGAGGGCGCUCGGCGUACCGAGAGGCACGAGAGGCUGGCGCAGUGGAGGGCCCGGUUGGGGCGCGGGGGGCUGGAACCGGUCCCCAUGGGCGAGGCGGCGAGAAUGCAGGCCGAGUGUUUGAUCAAGGGCCACUCCCACGGGAAGAACUUUGAGGUUUGCCGGGACGAGGGAGGGCUGCUCUUGGGGUGGCAGGGAAAGCCUUUGGUCGCGGUUUCGUCGUGGACUCCCGCGAGUUCUUCCUCGGCGGUGGAAGGAUCGAACAACAUCAACAACAGUUUGAUCAACAAUUCGAUCAUCAUCAGUUCCAGCGUUUCGAAUUCCAACAUCGCCAACAACAACAUCAACAAGUGCUGAUUGGUAUCAAACAUCAUCACCACCAAAGUUUCCAGCUUCAAAGUUUUCUUCGAAGUUCCUUCCAACUUUUUUGGUGGCUCAGCUCAGUCUCUUUUUUUCGUUCUUUUCGUUUUCCUUGUUUCCUUCUUGUUUUGUUGUUUUGCUUUUGACACUGCAGCACAGCAGCAGCAGCUCUCUGUUUUUGCUGUUUCCUGCUGUGGAAGCUCCAGCAAAAAAAAAAAAGCGCAAAAAGAGUUUCUUCUUUUCCAGCAAUACAUUUUAUGUGUAGAGUAGUU